AUGGUUCGUAUAAUUAUCAAAGGAGGGGUCUGGAAGAACACGGAGGAUGAGGUUCUCAAGGCUGCGAUAGCCAAGUACGGCAAAAAUCAAUGGGCCCGUAUAUCCUCCCUCUUGGUUCGCAAGACACCGAAACAAUGCAAGGCGCGUUGGUAUGAAUGGCUUGACCCGUCUAUCAAGAAGACGGAGUGGUCGAAGACGGAAGAUGAAAAACUUCUGCACCUUGCAAAAUUGAUGCCAACGCAAUGGCGGACAAUAGCGCCCAUUGUCGGACGGACGGCCACACAGUGUUUGGAGCGGUAUCAGAAGCUGCUGGAUGAGGCGGAGGCGAAGGAGAACGAGGAGUUGGGACUGGCUGGUCCAGAGGGGGAUGCGGGACCUAGUGCGGAUGAUGUGCGUCGGCUGAGGCCUGGUGAAAUCGACCCAGACCCGGAGACAAAACCUGCACGUCCAGAUCCCAUUGACAUGGACGAAGACGAGAAGGAAAUGUUGUCCGAGGCUCGUGCACGUCUUGCGAAUACCCAAGGUAAGAAGGCUAAGCGGAAGGCCCGAGAGCGUCAGUUGGAGGAGGCAAGGAGGUUGGCGGCCUUGCAGAAGCGUCGUGAAUUGAAGGCAGCUGGUGUCUUAUCUGGGAACAUGCGCAACAACUCGAAAAAGAAGGGCAUGGACUACAACGCAGAUAUACCCUUCGAGAAGAAAGCCGCUCCUGGGUUCUACGACACCUCCGAAGAGCAAGCGCGUAUCACGUCUGCACCCGUCGGCCAGUCCCUCCGUCGCCUCGAAAACAAGCGCAAAACCGACGACGAAGAAGCCGAGCGGCGAAAGCGACAAAAGAAAGCAGCCGAAGGGAAAAACGGAGAUAACUCCCACCAAACAAAAUUCUUGGCUGCACGGGAUGCGCAGAUCCAGAAGCUGAAGGAGGCGGAGUCGAUUGGGAGGCGGAGGAAGCUGGUGUUGCCGGCGGCGCAGGUGGGAGAGUCGGAGUUGGAGGAUAUUGUGAAGAUUGGGCAGGCUGGGGAGAGUGCGAAGGCUUUGGUGAAUGGGGGGAGUGAAGCAAGUGGAAGGUUGUUGACGGAAUAUGAGGGCUUGGAGAAUGCGAGGAUGGCAAGGACACCUAGGACUGCACCGCAGCAGGACAAUGUCUUGACGGAAGCCAGAAAUCUACGAAACAUGACUAUACAGCAGACCCCUCUGCUCGGCGAGGAGAAUACUCCUCUGCAUAUCGGUCCUGGAGGUGGCACAGGAUUCGAAAGCGCUACCCCCCGUCAUCAAGUUGCAUUCACCCCGAACCCUCUGGCUACCCCCCGCGAUACCGAGCAAUCGGGCGACGUUGCCGCUACCCCCCGUACAGUGCGCGCGGGGAUCUCCGCUACACCUUUGCGCACGCCUAUGCGUGACAAUCUCUCCAUCAAUCCGGCGGACCAAACGUCCUUCGUUGGAGAUACACCGAGGGAACAAAAACUGCGGGAAUCCUCCGCCAAGCGCGCGCUGAAAGCGGGAUUCCUGAACCUGCCGAAACCGGAGAAUAACUUUGAGCUUUUGGUCCCUGACGAUGAAGACGGCGAUGGCGAUGUUGAUGGGCAGACCCCGAUGUCGGAGGAGGACGCUGCUGAACGGGAUGCACGACUGCAGAGGAUAAGGGAGGAGAACGAACGCAAGGCUCUGGCGAGACGUUCUCAGGCCGUACAACGGAAUUUACCUCGCCCAGCCAAUGUUGACAUGGCGCAACUCAUGAAUGAUCUCAGUAUAGGAGAAGACGACGAUCUACCCGCAGAGACAAUGCAACUUAUCAACGAGGAACUUGUUAAUAUUCUACAACACGAUUCAAUUGCCCACCCCCUGCCCGGUUCAUCAAAACCCGGUUCCACCAAGUCCGCGUACCAUAUGCCUGCCGAUGAUGACAUCGACGCGGCCAGGGUCACGAUCCAUCUUGAGCUGGCGACGAUGGUUGGCUUCCCGAACGCUAAUCCUGAUCAGCUCAAGGAGGGGCUCGCGGCAUUGGCCAAGACGGAGGGCGUGGACGAAUCCGCGUCGUGGGCACGCGUGAGGCAACAGCUCGUCUUCGAUGCGGCCCAGAACAAGUGGACGGAACCCGCGAGUCUCACGCCUGAGCAGAGGAUCGACGGGUAUACGGUUCUGCUGAACCAGUGCCGCGAGAAGAUGGCGAAGGAGGCUGCGAAAUCCGCGAAACUGGAGAAGAAGCUGGGUGUGACUCUCGGCGGGUACCAGGCCCGCGCGAAGACGCUGGCGAAGCGCAUGACGGAGGCGUUUGAGGAGUUCCAGAAGGUGAAGGUGGACUAUGAGAGCUUUUCGCGGUUGAAGGUGAAUGAGGGCGCGGUGGGCCCGCGGCGGGUGGAGGCGCUGAAGGAGGAGGUGGAGAGGCUGGAGAGGAGGGAGCGGUCGCUGCAAGCGCAAUACGCGCAACUGGAAUCGGAGCGGCAGGAAGCUGAGGCACGCGUCUCGGCACUGGAGGACAAGGUCAUGGCCGACGCUGAGGCACUGAAUGAAGCCGUGCUUGCCGAGAUGGAUGCUGUCGAUGGAUAG